CUGAUCACAAGCAAAGACGAGACAGUUACCCAGUAUUAGCUGACUGGUUGACAAUACAGGGUGGCGUCGCAUCCGGCUACCCGUUUGUUGACGGUAUCUAUAUACAGUUACACUAGGCCACAACGUUAUUUAGGGCAAACCUAUUCGCCUACAGUUAGGUGCGGUUGAGAAAUGAAUGAACACUUCGGUACACAACCGUGAGGUGUGGUCACUUGGAUAUUAGCUACACGAGGAACAGUUUAAUACAUUUAAUCCAUUUGUGUCAUAAAAGAUGUCGUCGAUAAUGAGCAACAACGUCCCCAAGACGGCUGUGGAUGACAUGAUUAUCAACUUCGACUACGACAACAACGACAGGAAGCAGUUCUUCCUCCCAGGAGAGCUGAUGAAGGGCACUGUUCUGUUGCACCUGCGUUCCGGAAUCCGUGUCAACAGAAUUGUCAUGAUACUCAAAGGCAUGGCCAACGUGUCAUGGGAGAUCCCAGAACGAAAGAAGACCUACACGUCUAACGAGGUCUACAUAGACAUAUCGAAGUCUCUUCUGGACGGGGUCUUCAAAAGCCUAAACCUUGGGAGAGGGACUCACGAGUUCACGUUCAACCACCCAUUGCCAGAGUCCCUUCCAUCCUCCUUUCGAGGGGUGUACGGUAGCGUGACGUAUGUUAUGAAGGUGGAGUUGGAGGCAACGAACCCCAUUCACAACACCGUCACAAGUCAGCCGUUCUUUGUCUUCCGUCGGCCACCGUUAUCCAGAGAAACCUACCUUCCUAAAGAGCUCCAGAACAGCAAGAGGUUUCUCAGCUGUUGCAACUUCGGCAAGGUGAAGAUAUCUUCAGCGUUAACAAGAUGGGGAGGCGUGCCAGGAGAGAAUCUCUUGGUUAACGCUCAGGUAAUGAACUGGAGCGACAGGGACAUCCUUCGCAUCUUCGCCUCCAUCGUCAUGACCAGCGUCUACCACGUCAAGGACAAGAAGAUUACCUUCAGGGGAAAUUAUAAGUCAACGGGAUGAUGAAUACGGCUUCAACAACCGCCAUGGUCGUCGAUGGCGUGCGGUGAAGCUGCCAAUACCGCCCUACAUCGCCGACACCGACCUCGUCGGCUGCAACAUCAUGGACGUCACCUACAGUUUUCAGUUCAUGGUUGAGCUGGAGGACUACAACAUCGAUGUGGAAGGUCCAGUAGUCAUCGGGGGCACCCAUGGGGUACGGCCCGAUGUCUGACGCCAUCAGUCUUGCGACCGGCGUCCGAGAUCCGAGAUUUCCCAAACUACGGUCGUAACGGACGCAGCGUCGAUGAUUUUAGCGAGGAUAUUUUCUUCGACAGGUGAAGAUUGAAAAUAUUUUCAGACUUCAGAAAUUGAUUGAUGUGCCUAACGAAACGAAAGUGUUGAAGGAGAACUUCCGGAUACGUGUAGACAAUUACCAACGAUCGAGCUCUUCAGAAAUAGACAAUAUAUACAUAAUUAUACUUCUCGAUGCCAGUCACUCUCACGACAUUCCCGAAUAAGGAUGGAUAUUUUG